AUGAGGACAGCCAGUGAGCACCACCUGAAGACUGUGACCCUGUGCCUCCCUUCACCUCCAGGAGCUCAGCUUAUUGGCAAAACUGCAGGGAAACUUCACAUGGGACACAGCCAGAAUGAUCAGGUGGUUACGGACCUCAGGCUGUGGAUGCUGCAGACCUGCUCCAUGCUCUUGGGUCUCCUCUGGGAGCUCAUCAGGACCAUAGUGGACAGAGCUCAGGAGGAACAUGAUGUCCUCUUCCCAGGGUACAGCCACCUGCAGAGGGCCAAGCCCCUCCACUGGAGCCACUGGAUUCUGAGCCACACCAUGGCAUUGACCCAAGACUCUGAGAGGCUGCUGGAGGUGUGGAAGUGGAUCGGCGUCCUGCUCCUGUGGAGGUGGGUGAGGCUCCAGUGCUCAGAGGGCUUGAUGGGUGUAGCUGCUACGUAG